AUGAGCAGGCACAGCAAGCGCUUGGCCACGGACUGCCACGUGCGAGGAGUGUGCCGCGCCUCGGUGGAAUGCAUCAACCUCGUCGACCAGGCGCAGAGCAUGGACCCCACGCGGGCGGAGUCUGUAAAGACCGCGCAGGUCACGGACUUUGCCUUGGCUUAUGGACUGAGCCUGCUGGACGCGGCUGUCGCGCAAGACCAACUGCCCACCGAGCCCAGGCGCGUCCAAGAAGACGCUCGGUAUCGCGCAGGCUACGGAAGCAAGAAGGUAACCGGCUGCCCGCCCUGGACGCUGUAUGCAGAGCGAGGUCGCGAUCCGCGAGUGCACCAGCUCUCGGCUUUCGAAUUUGCGCGGCAUUACCACUACCAGCAGGCGUCGCAACCCUGGACGCUGGCACAGGAGGAGCGAGAGCCGGACAAGUACCAAGUGCGCUUCACAGAGGCUGGCAAGGCGAAGCUUGCACGCGGGGCGGCACGGAGCAAGCUCGCCCCCGCCAUCGACUACCACAUCAAGGAGCAAGGCGGCGUGGGGUGGCUGCCGCUCGGCCACGGCGAGCGAGCUCAGCCGUAUCGGCACGACUGGGUCAUCGUGGUGCGCAAGCGGCCGCUUGUGCCCGUCAUCUACGGCGCCCAGGGCUGUCGCACAGAAGAGGAGCAAGCGCAGAAGACUAUGCUGCUCUUCUGCCCUUGGACCACCAAUGCCGCGGAUGCCACGGCCGACGUGCCCUUCGUCGCAGACCUAAUGGGCGGUUGCAGCACCUGGCGCGAUGCCCUAACACUGUGGUUCUCCACGCGAGGGUUUGCCACGGAGUCUCUGCGCCGCUACGUCCGGAACUUCUGGUUUGUCUACUGUCUACCGCGGGAGCUGCAGUCCAAUGGGGACCUGGCAGAAAACAGCGACAACGAAGGCAUCGAGGACCGGGAUGCUCCGGAACACUUCGACGCCAACGACCUGCAGGCUGCGCUGGUCACGCACGUGCGGGGCAGCGGGCGGGCAGAAGAGGAGGAAAUGUUCGACCUGUCUUCGUCCAUCUGGCUGGAAGGCCCCGGCCGCGGUGAGGCGAACGCGGAGGCCGUAGCAGAGCGCCGGACAUUGGAGAACAUACAAGGCGUGCAGUGUCCGGAGCGCUUGCUCGCCGCCGCGCAAGCCUCGCGCAGCAAGGCGGCGUCUGCCGCCGCGUCUCAGGCCCGAGCCC